AUGGCUCCUUUCACACUCGGGAUACCAACUGAUUACUCGCUUGAUAACCUCAAAAACGAGUUCACGAUUCUCCUGUAUCGUGUCGGAUCCGUCUCCUUCGAGCUUCUCGCGUUCGUCGUCGGUGCACUCUGGGCAGGCAUGCAACGAAGACUCCUCCUGCACUUGACAGCAAUGCUGUCCGGGAUUCAGUGGAACGAUGCGGCCACUAGAUACGAGGACCCAGACAACUGGUUCCCGGAGCAUGACGACCGUCCAUCACGGAACAGCCACAAGAGCAGAGAGCGCCUCAUCUACAUCAUGCUCUACCUGAGCAUGUACAUCAACUCCCUUGCCCUUGGCGUCAGCGUAUCUACCGAAACGUUCUUGGUCCGACUGGCCAUCGCCUCAGUCCCGCUCGUCCUUCCCUUUCGGUUCUACCUGGAGUGGCCUCUGGCCUCAAAGCUUGUCCUCAUGUGGUGGGCUAAAAUCACCCUUGCGGAAACAAUUUCAUGGGUGAACAUCUUGAGUACGUGUGCCGUACUGGGAACCUUCUUUGAGCUUUUGGGACAAAGGCUUGAGGAAAUGGAACCCCCAAAGCAGCCGCGUCCUUACAUUCUGGUGGAGACUUGGAGGGUAUCACUGCCAAUGCUGAAGGACGUCUUGCCCAAGGUGUGGAAUGACGUGUUCUUGGAUAGUGUUUUGAAGUAA